CAGAGAUGUAUUUAGUAUUGGUAGGUUCCCCUCACUGCAAGGCAGAAUGCAGCACCAAUGGUCCUGGAGAAGCAGACACAGAGGCAUUAUGAAAAACCUGUGUUUCAGAGUCCUUACCAUGGCUGUAGGUCUUUAUUUUACUGGAGCAAUGGCAAACCCACCAAGAAAACACAGUAUUGUUUUAAGUGCCGCGUGCCAGUGGGAUGGAUAUCUCCUGACAAACUGUUCCUUCACGGGGAAGCACGAUAUUCCUGGUGACGCAUCACAGACAGCAGCCACAGCGGGUGUGCGUUCCAGUUUCCUUAGGGUUCUCUUACAAACUCCCACGGACAAAGAAGGACAGAAUAUAAAACAUCUGGACCUCAGUAACAAUCUCAUAUCAACAAUAACCUUGAGCUCCCUUGCACAUUUACACACUUUGGAAAUAGUAAACCUCAGCCACAAUGCCAUCCACUCCAUCUCACUGGAUCUACCCCAUCCUAAGUCCUCGCGGGCGAAAUGCCCCAGAAGCAGCUGGAGAAAUGGGCUUCCAUAUCUAAAGUUGCUCAUUCUUCAAGGAAAUAAACUCAGUGACAUUCCCAAGGGACUGUGGAAACUGAAGUCCUUGCAGAGUUUGGAUCUGUCAUUCAACAGGAUAUCGCAAGUUGGUGUGUCUGAUUUUCACAACUGCCUGCCACUGGAGAACCUCUGUUUAAGGAGCAACAAGAUAUUCAGAAUUCAUCCAGAAGCCUUCAAGGACCUCAAAAAAUUACAGGUCCUAGACCUCAGCGGCAAUGCCCUGACCGCCGUCCUGCCGAUGAUGGCCCUCGCUCUAGGACUUCCCCGUCUGGACGCUGACUUGGCAGAUAACCGAUGGCAGUGUGACGAUAGCGUGGUGGCCUUCCAAAACUUCAUUUCUGAAUCCUGGAGGAGAAAGUGGGAUGAAAUUUGCAACAAGUCUAUAGGGAACGAGGAGGCAUCCUGGCAGACUCCCAAACGCAGAGUUUCCAGGGAGAUCCAGCUUCCUCACACUAAUCUGAAUCACACGAAAAGCCUCAUAAGGAACAAAGUGGUGAGGCCCCAGGAAGGAACGUACGGGCGCUUUUCCACCCUGGGGAAGAAGGACCACGCAGGCUCUGAUACCCCUGAGCAGCGGAGACGGCCCCCAAGAUGGGUGAGGAGCACACAGGACGUGCAAGUGGCCAGUGGGGAGGAAGCCGCCUCCCAGGACCUCGUGCUGGCCAUCUGCUUAGCUGUGUUCAUCACAUUCUUCGUGGCUUUCUGCCUGGGGGCUUUCGCAAGGCCUUAUAUUGACAGACUGUGGCAACAGAGACGCAGAAAGAAACAACCGACUUCAGACCACGCAUAUUACAACGAGGGCUACAGCGACAUAGAAGGUGCUGGGAACAUCCAGCGUCCAAGGGUGGAUCUGCUCCGUGCUUGGGGUCUAAACCUCCAUGAGAACCAACACCCUUUCUCAGGGAUGGAGGCCUGCCCACAGUCUGCCGUCAUUCCUGAUAGAGGCCUGGGAAUGAGCAGAAAGGAGCCCGGCAGCAGGCAGAGCAGGGAACAAGGCAGGGCUGACACUGGGGCGGAAAGGCGGAAGGAUACUACGCUUCCAAAUGGCAGUGCAGCCUUUUCUGUUGGCCGUGGACCGCCAAAUGCUGCCAGCAACGCACCCAUUUCAGCAGAACAGGACUACCUCUGCAGGAGAGGUAUUCUUGGAGAAAUCGAUUAUGAAACUGAGGCCCCGGAAUAUUCUCUCAGUCAGUAUUCACUGGGGGUCCCUGUGACAGCUGGCAGAUCACGAACUGGCUCUGGCUCAGUCCAUAAGGGUGGGAGUGAGUUACACCCGCCGCUGUGGAGAGACACGACAGCCGCUCUCUCUAAAACACGGACACAUGCAAAAGCACAGAGGACUGGAGAGAAUGAGGAGAGAGGGAGCACCGAAGGGUUGCCUUCGGAGUCUUCUAAGGACAUGCCAGCGAGCACUUCCGUUAGUCUGCUGAACCCACAGGAGCAGCGACUCAAAGGAGCCAGUGCUGAGGGAGAACACUUCACCUACUACUGUCCAGCCACACUCAGUGACCUAGCGGAUACGGACCCGUCCCCACCGGGCUCUCCUCCAAGGUGGGGCGAUGACCCGCCUACCACUCCUGCUAACCAGGCACCAGUGCAGAAACCCGCCCCUUGGGACACACAGCACGAGCUGGACGUCAACUACGACUCUGAUUCUGAUGAAGGGUCUUUGUUUACUCUAAGUUCGACAAGUUCAGAAGAUGGAAGAAAUGCGUCUGAAGAACAGGCAGAUGGCGAGGAGAGUCGCAGAACCAGCGAGGUCCUGGGGGAUGAGGACUCAGGGGUGAGGAAGGACAACGUGACACCAUUCGAGAGUCUUGAGGACGACAUCACCUUCCAGAAGAGUCAGGAGAAACAUGAUAAUCAGGAGGAUCUUUCCGAAAAACUUCUCACUUCUGGCUCAGACUCUGGUCUGUAUGAGAGUCAUCAGGAAAGUGCCACCAACGCCAACAAAUUUGAGAACCCGUCGACCUUGCCCGGGUCACUGGGCAACCAUCCUUCCAGGGAUGAGAUCCCAGACACGUUCGUUUCCGAUUAUGUCUCAGCUCUCCAGUCUGAAGCAGUAGAAUGGCAGUGCUCACUUACAGACCUAGAAUUUUCCAACGUGGACACUUUACCACAAACACCACCACGUCCUGCUGAAGUUUCCUCGGAUCCCGAUAAGAUUGCCUGUCGUGAAAGAGACUCGGACAGUUGUACACAGGAACAUUUCACGGAGGGAACAGACACAAAUCCGAACAAUGUUCCCUUCCAGAUCCCUGCAGGGGAACACUUACGACCCUCCCAGCACGAUUCUGAAGACAGUAGCAUGCAUUCCGACCCACUGGAUACUGACCCAAAUGAGAACCAUGAUUCCAGAGAGAUUAUAAACCAAACACAAUUGUUACCUUUCUGUGGUGAUGAGCUAGCUCUUCAGUAUGAAAGAGGAGGGGAAUAAUUUGAAAAGGGUUCCAAGAUCCAGGCACCAUUAUUUCAAGAGCUUCCAAAUAAAACCCGUUCACUAAGAACUCAGAAGCCCUUCAACGAUGAAGAUUGGGGUAAAUAUUCAGAGGAGAAUCGGUUGCAAUUAAAAAAAAGAUAAUUCUGCCCUGGAUGGUGUGGCUCAGUGGAUUGAGCACUGGCUUGCAAACCAAAGGGUCACCAGUUUGAUUCCCAGUCAGGGCAUAUGCCUGGGUUGCAGACCAGGU